AUGGCCUCUGCUGCUGUUACAGUCACCUGGGGACCCUUCCGCUGCCCCAGGGCAGGGGGCAGUCUGCGGUCAGCAUCGCCACCCGGCCCCGGCUGGCUGUGGCAUGGGCACGGUGGCCCUGGUCAGGGGCAGGGCCAACCCACCAUCGCUCACCUCACCCCGAGCCCUGUGAGCUCGCUAACGGCAAGAGCCUCGGGCUGGCGGGACCAGAGGCGUCUCCAUAAACGUGGCUUUCCGACAGAGCCGGGGCUGGCGGUGUCUUCUCCUCCGAGAGCCCAGCCAGGGCUCCCUCGGAUGAGGCUCUGA